AUGGCGACCACUACUACCUGGGACGCGAUCGUGUUCGUCCUCUCUUACGCGCUCGCCGUCUUUCUUACCGUCGUUGAUGCUCAGGCUUGUAAUGGAAACAUGACCGCCACUGUCUCGCUCGUCAAGACCAUCACGGAAACCGUCUCCUUGAUCUCUGGACCACCCACCGUCACCGUGACUGAGGGCUGGGAUGGCUUCAAUUUCACCCACGUCACUGGCACCACCUUCCCUGGGGUGGCUGCGACUACAGCUACUGUCACAGACACCAUCACUGUCGGAAACGAGACCAGCUUCCAGUCUACUUCAGUUGUUGGUUCUGCCGGGUCCGGUUCUGCCACGACAGUCACAAGCACUACCAAGAUCACGUCUGAUGGUAAGUUAACAAAGGACAUACCAAGUCUCGUCAAGGCUGGGAAACUCACAAAAGCAACAGUCAACAGCAUCAUCUCCGCUAGCGGCCCUGCCAUGCCCAGCCCUCCUUUCACGAACAUCACUCGCGGUGAGUAA